UUUUCUCAUAAUUAUGAAAUAUUUAUGUCUCAAUUACGAGAUAACAUGAUUCCUUUUUUUUGUGAUGUGAUUGCAAUGCACCACCAUUAUUAUGUCACAAAAACUCAUCAGUAUCAUGUAUGCAACUGACUUACAUUUUAGAGUGUACGUUUGUGUGUGUGUGUGUGUGUGUGUGUGUGUGUGUGUGUGUGUGUGUGUGUGUGUGUGUGUGUGUGUGUGUGUGUGUGUGUGUGUGUGUGAGUUUGUGAGUUUGUGUGCGGUUGUAUUUACGCCAUAUGAUUAUCUGUUCUUGCCUCACAGAGGUCACCAGAACCUAAAGUGGACCACCCCUUUAACAAGCAGUCAAAUCUCCGUUGUGGACUGUAGUGGGUCAGGGCUAUUCUGCUCCACACUGGUGAUCACUAGUGCAACAGCCAACGAGACCGGACUGUACCGAUGCUUCUUCAAAGACCUGAAGGUGGAGGACGAUAAAACCUCAGCAUCUGUUUAUGUCUUUGUUCAUGAUUACAAAGUGCCCUUUGUGCUGUCUGAGAAGGAGUAUGAAGUAGUGUUCAUCCGCGAGGGACAGCCGGUGGUCAUCCCGUGCCGUGGUUCAGUGGAGGAUCUUAACGUAACGCUCCAUACUAAGUUUCCACCAAAGGAGUAUAAUGCCAAUGGGAAGGAUUCUGUGUGGGAGGCCCGGACUGGCUUCACCAUCCCAAGUCAACUGAUCAGAUUCGCUGGAGUGGUUUUUUGUCAAACUAAGCUUGCCAACCAGACAUUCAAGUCGCCAUACUACAUCGUAGCCGUCGUUGGAUACAAGAUCCAUGAGCUCAUGCUGACCCCUCCACACGUUCGGCUGUCUGUCGGGGAGCGGCUGGUACUCAGCUGUACGGCCAGUACUGAGCUCAAUGUGGGCAUUGACUUUAACUGGACUCACUCGGGCCAGCGCCUGACCACAAAAAAUGGCUCAGAGGAUUUUCACAAAAAGGCCAAUAAAGUCAGGCUGUGGAACUCUCUGGAACUGUCCAACACGCUCACCGUUGACAACGUGACGGUCGACCACACGGGGGAGUACACCUGCACAGCGUCAAGCGGUCAGAUGGAAAAGAGUGCCUCAGCCUUCCUCAAGGUUUACGAAAAACCGUUCAUUGAGUUGAAGGACCCUCGUGCAAAUUUGAUAGAGCUGACCGUUGGCGACCACACCGCAGAGCCCCUCGUUCCCUUCAAGUACGAGGCCUACCCUGAGCCCUCCAUCCAGUGGUAUAAGGAUGGCCUGCCAAUUAAGGUUGAUUACAGGGUCAUGCCGAAGAACGGGAGCCUGGUGAUCCAUGGGGUCUUGGAGAAGGAUGCAGGGAACUACACCGUGGUGCUGACCAACAAUCUCACCAAUGACAAAGAGAGCCACACAUUUCAGCUCAUUGUCAAUGUGCCACCACACAUCAUCGAGAAAGAGGUUGCGGUGGACACGGACGUGUAUACAUACGGCAGCAGGGCCACCCUCAGGUGCACCGCCCGGGGAUUCCCCAUCCCCUCACACAUCCAGUGGGAGUGGAUGUCCCGGGAAGACUGCCCACAGGCCUUUCAGUCAGGGAUGGCCGUAUCAGAGGUCAACUUAGAUGAGUGCACCAGCUGGAGGCAUAUCAGCAACGGCACAGAACACAACCCUAUGGAUGGAAUCACCAUCGACCCUGAACGUGAUCAUAAGAAAAUCGUGAGUUCUUUGAAGAUCAACAAAGCUGAGGUCCACGCUCUGUACAGAUGCCUGGCUGCCAAUAAAAAAGGACAAGAUUCACGCGUAAUCUUCUUCCAUGUGACCCGUGGCCUGGAGCUAACCGUGUCUCCAUCCAGUGAGCCCAUAGAGGAGGAGCCGGUGGUUCUGAGGUGCAAGGCGGACAGGCUCAUCUACAGGAACCUGGCCUGGUUCCGCUUGUCCGGCGCCUUUGACUCGGAGAGCACCACAUCGGUCCAGCCGUGCCGCUCGCUGACCCUGGCCCAGCUUCCCCUCUCCCAGGCCGCUCUGUCAUGCCUGCCGGGCGCCAAGCUCAGCCUGGAGCUGCCACUGGCCAGCGCGUCGCGGCAUGACGAGGGCAUGUACGUCUGCCAGGUGGAGAACAUCAAAACACGGGAGAAGAUCUGCCUGCUGCGCAGCCUGACUCUCAGAGCUCUGGAGCCUGCAAGGAUUCUGAAUAACAUGACUGACCAGAAGGUAAACAUGAGCAGCACGAUGGUGUUCACGUGCGACGUCACGGGCACCCCUCACCCCAGCGUGGUUUGGACCAAGAACAACCACACCGUUCUGGAAGGUUCCGGAGUUAUUCUGAGCGAACGGAACCAACGGUUGACCAUCCAGCGUGUGAAGGAGGAGGACAGUGGUCUGUACACAUGCACUGCGUGUAACAAGCGUUCCUGUGACUCCUCCCAGGCCUUCCUGACCACAGAAGGGGCGGAGGAGAAGACCAAUGUGGAGCUGAUUGUGCCUAUUGGCUGUGUGGUCAUUGCCAUGUUUUUCUGGCUGCUGAUAGUCUUCGUCAUCCGAGGAAGAAAGAGGCCUACCGGUGAGGACGUGAAGACGGGCUACCUGUCUAUGAUCUUGGACUCUGAGGACAUGCCAGUGGAUGAGCAGUGUGAGCGGCUCACGUAUGAUGCCAACAAGUGGGAGUUUCCCCAGGACAGGCUGAAACUAGGCGAUCCUUUGGGGCGAGGUGCGUUUGGUCAGGUGGUGGAGGCCGCUGCUUUUGGCAUCGAGAAAAACACCACGUGUACAACUGUUGCUGUCAAAAUGCUGAAAGAAGGGGCCACAUCGAGUGAGUACCGGGCGCUGAUGUCCGAGCUGAAGAUCCUCAUACACAUCGGUCACCAUCUAAAUGUGGUCAACCUUCUGGGAGCCUGCACCAAGCCGGGGGGACCAUUGAUGGUGAUUGUAGAGUAUUGUAAAAACGGCAACCUGUCCAGCUACUUAAAGAGCAAGCGUGGAGAGUACAGUCCCUUCAAGAGACAGAGGGUGGAAAAUGCGAGGUGGGCACGUGCAGAGGAAGACGUGAAUGAAGUGGACCUGGGUUUGGGGACUACCGCCCAGUUGGACAUCUGUACCGGCACAGCUAUCUGCACCCGAUACGACGCCUUAACCAUCGAGCCGGAACUCAAAGGAGAGAGCUCGGACUAUGAUCACUUGACCAUGGAGGACCUGAUCAGCUACAGCUUCCAGGUAUCCAAGGGCAUGGAGUUCCUGUCUUCUCGGAAGUGUAUCCACAGAGACCUAGCGGCUAGGAACAUCCUGCUCUCCGAGCACAACGUGGUGAAGAUCUGUGACUUCGGCCUGGCCAGAGAUGUCUACAAAGACCCCGACUAUGUCCGCAAGGGAGAUGCCCGCCUGCCCCUGAAGUGGAUGGCUCCAGAGACCAUCUUUGACCGGGUGUAUACCACGCAGAGCGACGUCUGGUCCUUCGGGGUCCUGCUCUGGGAGAUAUUUUCACUGGGAGCAUCUCCAUAUCCAGGCGUUUGCAUUGAUGAGUCCUUCUGCAGGAGGCUGAAGGAGGGGACCAGGAUGAGAGCUCCAGACUAUGCCACAACUGAGAUAUACCAGACCAUGUUGGACUGUUGGCUCAAUUGUCCCACAGACAGACCAACUUUUUCUGAACUGGUGGAACAUCUGGGGAACCUGCUACAGACCAGCGCUCAACAGGAUGGGAAAGACUACAUUCCCUUGACGGCAGAUGAGGUCCAGGGAUGCCCGGUGACUUCCAGCCCCAGGGGCCCCCAAGCCUUCCCUCUGAGUGGGGAGCAUUUGGAGCCCCAGCCCCAUUAUGACAACGCACCCCAGAUCUGGAGCCAACAGAGUGACAGGUGCAGCCGCCCUCUCAGUGUUAAAACCUUUGAGGAUAUCCCAGUGGAAAACAACAAUGUCAUGUUGGGGUGUCCAGUCAGGGGCUUCACUCCAGAUGAGAUCAAGAGUCUGGAUCACCAGCUGCCCAGAACACCCAAUCUCAGCCAACUGCUACGCUGUAAAAGCAAGGAGUCUGUGGCCUCAGAAGCAUCCAAUCAGACGAGUGGAUACCAGUCAGGCUACCACUCCGACGACACGGACAUGCCCAUAUAUGCCAACGAGGAUGUGAUCAUGAAGCACAGAAUGCUGAAGAAUCCUCCGUUGCCAUCGAAAGCAGACAAGUUUAACGUUGAUGUGCGCUAUAGCACACCGCCGGUGUGACCACACAUUUUUACCGCUGUCCCCUGUCGACCCGUGAAGUCUGCCCACUCCCUGCCCCAAUUCUGCUGCCCUCCCAAUGGAAGACCAAUUUUGAAAUAUGGCAACAUCACAGGCAAUGGUCCUGAUAGCAGUGAUUCUAUGGAAGCAAAUCACUGCCAUCAUUUUUUUAAUUUUAAAAGCCAUUGUACACACUGAUUGAAUUCAUAAAAUUGGAAUAUUAUACUUUGAAAACAAGGUCACCUAAUUUAUUUGUUUUGAAUUCACCUCUUUGAAUUUCAAACAUGGCAUUUUAAGUAAACCAUUUUAAAAAACACAAGGUCAAAUAACAAAAAUCAAAUAUUCUAAACAGCAUAUUCAAGUUGUCAAUACGGACCAGAAAAUUCAAGCCAUAAGAAUUUGAACUGCAGCAGCAGGGCAAAUGCCUUAUUUGAAUUUCAAAGAGGUGAAUUCAAAACAAAUAUAAUCAGUUUUUCUUGUUUUCAAUUUAUAAUACUUCAAUGUCAUGAAUUAAAUAGUGUUUACAUGUCAAUAUAUACAAAAUGUAAAAUUCUGACAAUUAUCGCAGUUUUUUGCUUCCACAUGAUUCCAUUUUACGUUCAACAAACCAUUUUGAGGUAUAUCGUAAUGUUGAGCCGAUUUAUUUGAACCACCAUUAAAAAGGUAAUCAUGUUUACCCAGCCAAGCCUUGGCAUUUGGGUAUGCCCAUUUCCUGACAAGCAAUCCACCCACACUUCCUCAAUUGCAGGAAAUAGCAACUAGGGGGGGGGGCUGGCAGAAGUUAUAAUUAUUACAUAUUUUUUGGUCAGUUGUGAGUCUGUAGACUAAAUCUUUCAAAUUAAUUUUUGUAACCUAAUUCUGACCAAUUUUCAUUGUACAGCUCACUUUUUUCUAUGAAUUGCCAUAGUUUGCAUUGACCUGUAAUAAAUAUUACUAGUUUUUAUCAAAUAAACACUCUUUUAGAUUAGGCAUCUUUUGGUCUUAUCUGAUGGUCAGCAUUACUACAUACCAAUAGGAGUAUGCUCAUGUGUCCAAUAUAGCUGAAAAAGGAUAGAAACAAAAAAAAUGGCAGAAAAGGGGGAGAAACUUGGAAUGUGAAUAGCAUGCCGAUAAUCAGUAACUAGAAUUGCAAUCCCUGAAGGUAUUGCGGUGUGAAUGCUGACGCUGAAAUGCUCCGCUACACUGCUGAAGCUGAACGUUGAAGAAUCAUUACCAGAUCAGAUUAGGCAUCUUUUGGUCUUAUCUGAUGGUCAGCAUUACUACAUACCAAUAGGAGUAUGCUCAUGUGUCCAAUAUAGCUGAAAAAGGAUAGAAACAAAAAAAAUGGCAGAAAAGGGGGAGAAACUUGGAAUGUGAAUAGCAUGCCGAUAAUCAGUAACUAGAAUUGCAAUCCCUGAAGGUAUUGCGGUGUGAAUGCUGACGCUGAAAUGCUCCGCUACACUGCUGAAGCUGAACGUUGAAGAAUCAUUACACUGAAUCUAGGAAAUCUGCUGAACAUUUUGAAGGUAGAAUGAAGUCUACAGAAUGAAGUAUGAAUGAGUUGAAUGGUUUUGAAGUCAUACUGCUAACGUCUGCUGACGCUGAAAUGCUACGCUACACUGUUGAAGCUGAACGUUGAAGAAUCAUUACAAUGAAUCUAGGAAAUCUGCUGAACAUUUUAAAUGUAGAAUUAAGUCUGUAGAAUGAAGUAUGAAUGAGUUGAAGGGUUUUGAAGUCAUACUGCUAAUUUCUGCUGUCGCUAAAAUGCUCCACUACACACUGCUGAAGCCGAACGUUGAAGAAUCAUCACAAUGAAUCUAGGAAAUCUGCUGAACAUUUUGAAGGUAGAAUGAAGUCUGUAGGAUGAAGUAUCAGUGAGUUGAAGGGUUUUGAAGUCAUGCUGAUAACAUCUGCUGACGCUGAAAUGCUCCGCUACACUGCUGAAGCUGAAUGUUGAAGAAUCAUUACACUCAAUCUAGGAAAUCUGCUGAACAUUUUGAAGGUAGAAUGAAGUCUGUAGGUUGAGGUAUGAAUGAGUUGAAUAGAGUUCCAAAAAUUAAAAAAAUGUGUGUGUGUAUGUGUGUCUCUUUAUGAGAAUGGCGGAGCCAUUGUGUGUGUGUGUGUGUGUGUGUGUGUGUGUGUGUGUGUGUGUGUGUGUGUGUGUGUGUGUGUGUGUGUGUGUGUGUGUGUUUGUGUGUGUGUGUCUCUUUCAUGGACAUAUUAUAAAAUGGACAACGGAUUCCAAAAUGGCGCCCAUUAAUUCCUAUGUAAACUGCACAAUGGCACAGGGCAACAUCAAGGAGAGAUAUGCUUCCGCAUCAUGGGUCCAUAGCCACGCCCUACUUCAUGACGUACCGGAUGCAGAAAUAUUCUUGUUUUUUAGCAUUGAUAGCAUUGUAGCAUCAUAAGCGAGAGGUCUGAGUAAUCGCAGUCGAAUUGUUUACCGACCAUCGAAGUACAGGUUUCUAAUCCCCCGAUGAUUCUCUAUAUGUUCGACAUUCGCCGCCAACAAUCCCUUUCUCCUCCUUGUCGUGGUUCAUGUUCUUGAGGGAGUCAAAGCCAAAGUUCCUUCCCCCCAAUUCCUUCUCAACCAUGGCUCAGAUAACCCCCACAACAGUCUCCUUGUGGAAAUACAAGACACGUCAAAGAACCGACAAGAAACACUUGCGUUACAGUGUGUGUAUUCACACACACACAUGUGGCGCUCGCACGGUCGAGUCUCAUUGGCGGGCCAACGUCUCUGGGCGGGCCAGGCAGAGUAAGGGGAGGAGCUGAGAUUCUUGGUGACGUCCUAAAUACAGACAUUCCAAAUCAGCGCACUUGAGCCUCCGUUUUUUCAAAGGCGAGCAGAACAGCUAGUGCUCGUUUUACACCAAACGCAAGUUUUAGCCACUGGGGGACCAUAGGCAGGCUAGGGGAACUCAUAUUUAUGUUAGAAAACCUCAUAAAGUGAGAUUUUCAUGUCAUGGGACCUUUAAGAUGAAAUAUACUCUGAAGUUUCCAGUUUCUGCAAACAGAAGAGAAGGGGUUUAGUUAAGGCUUUGUAUCAUUAAUAAGAUGGACUGUGACAAACAAUCAAUGAGAAACAAAAAAAUAAAACUAAUUCUUAGUUUAAAGCCCACUCACCACGUCAAGGUGCAGGCCAAGAGUGGGAACAUAGAACAAAGACUCACAUCACAAACUCAGACAGUCACAACAUGAAGAAAACACAAAUACAUGAAACAUGUACAUAACUACGAGACUAUAGACCCACAUCACAAACUCAGACAGGCACAUGUAAAAAACAUAUAAAUACAUGAAACAUUUACAUAAAUAAGAGACCAUAAGAUAUGUUUGGGUUUCUCUUGUUUUAUCUUAAAAACAAAAUACAUAACAUUAAGAAAAUAAAAGUAAUAAUAGAUACAUUUAAACUCCGUUAGUGAUGGGCAUACAUUUAAAUGUACAAAAAUUACAGAGGCCACUGAUCGGAUGUGCUGUUCAAAAAUAAAUGCUAUUAAACUAUGCCUUGUCCUCCAUUAUGCAAGCUCCAAGUCUACAAUUGAACAAUGUCUUUUGGCAGUUUUGAGUGCUUUAUGCCAACUUGUGCUCCGUCAUGCAAGAUCCAAGUGUCACACUGCUUAAGAAACAGAUUCCUUCCAACUGACUAUUUAUGAAGAUGCAAUCAAUAACUUAUGUACAAAUAAAUGGUUACAUUUCAACCAGCAACGAAGUUGGAUUGGCCUACACACAUAAAUAAUUGUAAUACAACAUUGUUAACUGUCGUACAUAGGUAGCUAAACAAGCAAAUGAAAAAUUAAAUACCAACGCUGAAAUGUUAAUUAGACUAUUAACAAUAAUAUAAAAUGAUACCGUAAUGCACCUAUUCUUUGUCUUUGGAUCUUUUGAAUAAAUGGAUCAACAUAUGGUGAAUCACAAUGAUCGCAAGCAGAGGACCGUAAGAGUUAUUGAGCAGCAGCUGAACCAGUCUAAAAAUCGGACACGUUAACGGAGCACUGAACUUGGCCCUCUCGGAUGCCAGGUCGAAACAACAUUUGUUUCACUACAACUCCUUUCAGCUGCACACCCCUCCUUCUCCAGCAAAAAAUAAUUAGAGAGAACGGCUAAUAAAACGCUUGAGGUGGCGUUAUGAAAAGAAAAAACGUAAAUUUUUUAGGACAUGGCACAAAGAUAAUUAUGAGCCUUUGAUUGAUAUCCAGACAUUUUUUGCGGAGACACAUUCCUGUUCCCCACUUGUAUUGGAGUGAACGGAGAUAUCUACUUCUGGGUCCUUUGAAUCGAGGAACCCGUCCAGAGCCCGCUUAAACAGCUGCAAUACCAGGCUUGGCCGCUGAGCACUGGUGGAUUGUGGAAGUAUGCACUGCUCCCGGGGGCUUUAAGAGGAUGGCAGAGCUAUUGCGUGUGUGUGUGUUUGUGUGUAUGUGUGUCUCUUUAAGAGAAUGCAAUAUCAUCCCACUGCAGACACAAAUGGGCGUUCUCGUGAGGUGGGGGUUCCCGUUUACACAGACUGGAACGCCCCCUUCUUAUUCUUUGUCGCCUUUCUCGCUGAACUGUAUUAAAAUGUCAAAGUGUACUACUCCGAAACCAUGUAAAUAGUGUUGUAAAUAAACUUCCAAAGCU